AUGAAUUGUCAAAUUAAGAACAUUUUUUGUCUUUCUUUCUCUGUUAAAAGCUGCCAUAAUGUUUGACACAUGCCAUCAAAAAUAAUAAAACAAAGAAAAAGGAAAGCAACCUCAAAAGCCAAAUUCCUUGUUCCAGGAUUCCUGCCUUUCCAAAUAAUACAGAUUAUGGCCUAAGGCAUCAAUCAAAAGCCAAUUUCAUUAACAAUGUUUGCUAGCAUCAUAUGACAAAAAGAAUAACAAUAAGUAGGGCAGAGAUCACAUUCCUGGUUUGACAUUUCCUUUUCCUUUGUUUGCAUGUAUGAAAUAUGAGAUAAGAGGACGUGAUUGUCAUUUUGUGUUGAUGAUCGUUAAUGGCAUUUCAUACCAGCAAGAAAACUGUUUCACUGCAAUACACAUAACAAGGAAAUUCCACCAUGGAUGUUGUAAGUGAAACUUAAAAUACUGAUUAACAAAGCUAUAUUGCUAAUUUUAAUUUGCUGGUCGAUGCUAAAAAAAAAAAGGAUUUUAAAUGCUUUCAAGAUUCAUUCGUCUUUAAGCUUAAGUAAUGAGUUCGUAACCACAAAAUACGAGUAAGGCAUACAUAUGUACAUAAUGAUGUUUAUUUUGAAUGAGAGAUUCAUCUUUUAAACACUUUUUCUCUUUGAUGUAUAACAAAAACAUCUCUACAACAGACGACGAGAGAAAUAAUUAUGAUCAAUUGAUGGCAGGCCAUAUCACGAACGUUCCAAACAAAUAAUUUUUUAUAUCCGAUUUUCCUCAACCGAAUUUCUUAAUCAAACCAUCCUCUGUUCCUACAAACGCGAAAAUCUGUGUGAAAGACACGGUUUUCAGAGGUUGAUAGUAAAAUCUAUUUCAACGGAUGCUCAUCUACUUUGGACCUUCAAGGCAGCCCAAAUUAUCCACGGUCAUUGCAUCAAAUUUCUUCAUGCGGAAAAGGUAAAAUUAAUACAUACCACUAUCAAUUGGACGACAUGUUCCCAUAUGAAGUUAAGCACACAGCAAGCGCUAGCAGUCACGCAUCCCCCUUGCAACAAUUUACUCACAAGUCCUAUAGUCAUAUGGUUCAGAUCACAGUCGUGUGCUUUCCGCCAUCUCUCUAUCAGCUGUCUGCGUUCUUCCGAACCUUGGACGCAUGCGCUUGGCGAGAGUUCAACAUGGCGGCAUAUUUGGUUUGCUUGACGACUGAUGGCGGCAUUCCACUGUUCACUAGAACGAAAGGAAACCUCCCACAGGUAGAGUGAUUUAAAAGUAUAUAUGACGUAGUACAUAAGUAUGUUUUGUAACAUUUAUACUAGAUGAGAAGGGGGCUCGACUUUUUUUCUGUGAGAAGUUUUUCAUGAGGGCUAACAAACCACCUUGCAGCCAGAGAAACUUUGGUAACUUUCUGGAUUCUAUCAAAUUAAAUCAGUUUGUUUGCAAAUCAAAGUUGGGGGGAGGGGAGGGGGGGGAAGACUGUGUUAAGUCUUUUUUCAGAUAUUAUCAAGGAAAAUUUUCCUUGUACCAAUACCAGUGGGAAGGUUGGCUGAAAAUGACAGCCUUUAGAAGUAGAACUGCUUGUCACAUCACCUUGGAAACGUUAGAGAGGUGACCACACAGACAUCACCAAUUUUUCUGUUGAAUAGUACAGCACAUCCUGUGAACAUGGGCUUAUUUACUUACAACAAAAGUCAUUACCAAUUAUUUUAAAUGUGCAUAUAAAUAUAAUGUAAAAAUAAAGGUUAGCUCUGAAUCAAGCCCCUGAAGCACACUGUAAUACAUAUACCUGGCGUUUUUUGAUUAUUUUUGACAUUUUUUGUGGUUAUAUGUUGUGUGUUGUCAUACAGUUGCCUUUUCCUGUGAUUGGAUCACUUAAUGGUGUGUGCAUGUUUGCCAACAAUCAAGAUGUCACUUUGCUUAACACAGUCACGGAUGAUGCUAAAGUUGUCUGGAAGGUUUUUAAUGAAAGGUGUUUUAUUAUUCAGUUUUAUCUUUUUCUAUUGAAAUAAUAUACUAUUUACUUGAAAAAAGGGAACUUCAAGAGCUCCCAAACUUCAUGACCUCCUGAAAGGUCUCAGGUCUUAGAAGGGUCAUGCAUAUUGUAAAAGUUUGACUCCUCUUUGAAGCAUGUGGAAUUUUUCUUGUAAGUAAUAGAAAUCACCAGGCAUGAAAUGUAUGAUGUUUAUGUUUAAUGAUAUCAAAAGACCUAAUAGCAUCUAGAACUUCAAUAACUGACAAGCUUAAAUGGGAUUUCAGAGCAUGUGUGGUCUGUAACAUUUGUAAAAAGUGGCAAGUUUAGCCUGCAAUAUGUCUGUCUCUAUUAAUGUUUCUUUCUUCAAUUGGGCUGCUCUUCUUUAUCAACCAAAGGAUUUCAUUCAAGAGCUUGCAAUCUAUUACUUGAUUUAAAAGUUGAAGUUUAAUACAAUCCAUAUAUGCAAAGUUUAUAUGGUGCCUUUGUAAAGGCAGGCAAUCAUGAAGGGGCCACCUUCCAGAAGUUUAACCUUCUACACCCUUACUUCAGUAUGCAUCUUCUCCAUACUGUCCUCUACACAUUUCCUAAGGAGUUGCCAAGGAGAAUUUGUUUAACAAUCAAAACUUAGGGUGAUCAUUUUCUUUUUUCUCAUGACCUAUAUGUUUGAUUCAGGGGUAAUAUUCUAAGGAGAAAUGAGAUUCUAGUCACUCCUCAGGGUUAAAGGGUUAAAAGAGAAAAAUAUAACAUUGCGAAAACAUGUGUGCAGUCUUGUGGCUGUCUAUCAGAGUUAGUUGCCGGAAGAGGCAGAGUGAAAUUACAGCUAAGGACAACAAAAUAUUUCUUAAGCAUCUGAAAACAUUUCCUCAUUUGUGGGACUGUGUUACAGAUGAAUUUUAUAAGCACUAGAUGGUUUGGGAUCAGUUAUCAACCUGUGAAUUCCCAUGUAAUGCUAAUUAAAAGUAUUUUCAACUGAGUUAAUUUUUUUUCAUGUUGUUUCAGGAUCACCUUAAUAAUUGUUGCCUCUGAUGACAAUGCUAGUGAUUUGCAUCUUAAUAGACUCUUAGAUUUUGUCUUUAAUUCCAUGGUAGGUGUAAUAUAAUACAUGGAAAUUUGUAUGCUUUUCCUAUUGAUGAGUACUGAGACCUACCUGUUAUUAAUACAAACUGAGUAUUUUAAAACUGUAAGGCCAUCUAUUUGUAUGUCUUCCCUUUACUUGCAGUAUAACACUGAUGAUGUGUCUUCAUGUGGUGGAGUGUAAAUGAUCUUCAUAAAGAUUUAUUCAAUCACUCACCUAAAACUUUUUAAAGAUAAUGGAUGGUCAACAAUGACCAAGUAGAGUGUUUAGGAUAAACUCUUUGGGAAACACUGACAAUUAACACAUGCACCAGACUACAUGCACUGAUGUAACUACAGGAUAGGCUUCAGAUAUAAUCAACUUGUGAUUGCUCUUUUUUUAUGAUACAAUCAUGUCACUCUGUGCUUUACAUUGCACCACGUUAUUAUCGAAUACAAUACAAUUUUUUUAAUGCUGGAAAUUGAUCACUUAGAUCCAGUUUGUUUAGUAAUUAUUGUGAAAUUAACUUUUUUUUAGCAUAUAAAUAACUGAAAACACAUUUUUAGGAUAACUCCCGAAAAAUUUUUUACUUUAACACUGCUUGGUAUUAUUAUAUUUCAGGUUUUGUUAUUAGGAAUAGAUGAGUUGACAUCUUUCAGAAAUGUAGAACUGCUAAAGAGGGAAUUGAGAGUAAGUAACUUUCUUAGAGUUUGCCUCUGAUUUCAGGUUUUCUUGUGUGUGUACAGUAGUUUACAUAAUAAAAAUACAUUUAUAUCAAUUAAUUGAUGUAUUUCUUCAGUGUUGUUAUAGUUUGAUUGACAGUCUCUUGGAAGGCACAGAGUUAACAGGAAACAUUACUCAAGCUGUUGAUAUCAUUCUUUGUCCAGAUGUGUCAUUUCUACAGGUACAUUGUAUUGCCAGUAAAAUAAAAGCAUUAUAAACUCUGCAGAAGGAUUGGAGCAUCUUUACCUUGGGCUUAAUGUGUAGAAAUGCAUUGCAAAGUGUUGCUUUUGGAUUUUCCUUCCUCUUGAUGGUUUUUCAUUUACUUUUUCAUAUUCAGCUUGUAAACCCUUACUGAUUCACACAGCAUUCAUUUCUUAGCAUUUUAUACACCGUUAGUUGUGACUUUGACAUUUCUAACAUUCUGUUGUUACAGGAGUUUCUGGAUGCUUUUGCUACAGCAGUCAGCAGUGAGUUUGGAUGUUUGCUUGUCAUGGGAAAAGUGGCUGUAGCAACAGAACGAUGGUAAGAUUUCCUUCUCACCAUGUAUUUCAAUCAGCAGUUUGCUGUUUGUAUCAUUAAAAAUAUAUAUAGGUAUUGAAUCAAGUCAAGCCCAAAUUUUACAUGUAUAUUAAGUUAAUUUAUAUUAAAGAUAAUGCCACAGAAUUCUAGGAGUACAAUUUGAUAGGGUAACUAGUUCUAGAAGUGUUACUCAUAUGCAGUAGUGAUAUUAGUUUAACCAAAGUAAUGUUUACUCACUAAAGUUGACAUCAAGGGGUUGGUCGUUGGUGACGCUACUAUCAGUCCUGUGACUGCCAUUAAAAACCUUGGAUCAUGGUUUGAUGAAAACAUGAACAUGGGCUGUCAUAUAAACAAGACGUGUAAGACCUCGUCAUUCCACCUGUAUAACAUCAGAGGCAUCAGAAAGUAUUUAUCUAAAGACUCCACACAAACACUUGUUCAUGCAUUCAUCACUGUAGGUAUUGAUUAUUGCAAUGGUUUGCUGUAUGGUCUACCAGAUGCACAUCUCAACAAGUUGCAACAUAUUCAGAACAGUGCUGCCUGACUUGUUUGUUCCCUUUCUUGUUUUUGUUAUAUAACUCCUACUUUGUUUUCCUUGCAUUGGUUACCUUUCUGUCUCAGAAUUGAAUUUAAAUUACUUAUUUUAGCAUUCAAGGCUAUCCAUGGGCUGGCACCUCAGUACAUUAUGGAUCUAAUUAACGUUAAACAACAAUUCGGAUGUAUGAUGUUACGAUCUCAGUCUGAACUACAAUUAUUGCCACCCAGGACAAAACUAAGAAAACUUUAGGUGAUAGAUCAUUUAUGGCAGCUGCUCCUAAACUUUGGAACAGAUUGCCAUCAAAUAUAAGAGCAGUAAAUGAUCUUAAUUGUUUUAAAACACUUCUUAAAACACAUCUCUUUAGACAGGCAUUUUCAUGUUUGCUUUUAUAGUUAGUUUUUACUUAGUCAAAUUGUAUAAUUUUAUUCUUAGUCUUUUAUAGUUCAUUUUCAUAUUUUCUUUUGCUUAGUCUUAUUUUAUAGAGCAUUAGAUCAUAUCCACAUGUAUUUUGCACUAUAUAAGUUAUAAAUUAUUAAUUCUUAGUAAUAUUUAUUAAUUGAAAGUUUGUCCAAGGUUGAAAAAUAUAUCUUUUGUAUGCAUCAGAACCUAAUGAAUAUAUAAUUCAAGGGUCAAUAGUUGAGAACUUGGGAGUUAAGUCUUGAUUUGGACCUCAAAAUGAGAAAUGCAGUUAAUUUUCCAUUUGUCAGUAUAUAGUUGUUGAUUGUGAUUCUCUAACACAGCAUUUCUGACAAUUCAUGGUGCAUUCCAGGUGGGAGUUAACUGGCAUGGAGACUGUCUUAUUGUCAUUGUUGGUUCAUUCCUUACCACCAUGGUCUUCUCGUGAUAUACCUAUAUAUCUGCCAUAUGGUAGUCCAAAGGUUUGUCUUUGUUUGUUUACUACUGUUAUUGUUGUUAUCUGAGAAAAGAAAAUAGUAAGCAGGGCUCGAAGUUAACUUUAUAGUCGACUUGCAAAGUUUUGCUGGUAAGAUUUUUUUCCACUAGCAAACUGGUGAGACCACUAGCAAAUUAUUUCCCUUUGAAAUAUUAAUGACCAUAUCUGAUAUAAAGAUUAGAAUUGAUAUUUCGCACAGGCUAUUAAUGAGCUGAAAAGUUUUAUAAAAAAGGUGUUAAAUGUUUGGUCUCCUUUGUCGUUGUCCUGACAACCACCACCUCUCUACUGCAUGUUUGGGAGACAUGGAUGAUUCUAACUAACAAACGUUUGCUAGUGGAAAUUUUUCUCACUCGCAGAUUACCAAAAUCACUCGCAUUUUGCCAGUUUGCGAGCUUUAAUUUUGAGCCCUGUAGUAAGUCUGCAUAUGUGUAAGACUGACUUGCCUCACUAUCAGACCUCCCUUUCUUCACCCAUCAUCUUUGUGCCAAUAUGUGUGAGUGACAUGAAGAUACCCGAAUUCAAGGGAUUUGAAAGGUUGCCUAUUCAAUGGUAAUUUAUGAGCAAAAUAUCCUUUAAAACUAUUGCCAGCAAGGCCAAUGUACCACAAAGGUGACAGCAUCUUGAUAACAUACCACCUUGCCAACCUCCAAGUCCAGAGUCUGUCAGAUAUAUCCAUCUCAUAUAUUGCUAAACAUUUUGUUUUUUACCUUGCUUGAUUUUUACAUUAAUAUCUCAUGCAUGUACUUUUAUUUUGUACUUGUCAUCCAAAUGUUACUUUAUUAUCUUGCACACUUUUAGUUUUCCUUGUUUUGCAAUUGUUACAUUUGUAUCUUAUACACUUUAUUUUUUCUUGUUAUCCAAUUGUUGCGUUAGUAUCAUGUGCACUUUUUGUUUCUUUGUGUUUGAUUUUUAUGGUAGCAUCUCGCACACUUAUAGUUUUCUAGUUAUCUGAUUGUUACAUUAGUAUAUCACGCAUUUUUGGUUUUCUUUUUCAAUGUUUGAUUGUUGCUUUAGUAUCUUGCACACUUUUACUUUUCAUUGUUGUCUGAUUUUUGCAUUUUUUAAAUUUUUUUUCACACUUUUGGCUUUUCUAAUUGUGGAAUUGUUUUGUUAGAAUCUUUUGCUCUUUUGGUUUUUCCUGUUGUGUGAUUCUUAUGUUUAUGUAGUAUUUUGUGCACUUUUAGUUUUCACUGUUGACUUAUUGCUACAUUAACAUCUCACACUCUUUAAAUUUUUCUUGUCUGCUUGUUACAUUAGUAUCUUGUACACUUUUAGUUUUCCUUGUUAUCUUUUUUUCUCUUUUAUAUCUUGCACACUUUUUUCUGGUUAUCUUAAUUCUUUUAACAAAUUUUAUUUCCCUUGAAAAUUUUGAAAACUGGUAUACCACAAUACUUAAAUGAUCAACUGUUAACUGGGAAACAAAUGUCAACUAUUUGCUUGUCUUUUAUGUUUCAAAAGUUGUUGACAAACUUUUUAUUUUAUUUUUAGAUUCCUCACAGGUUGUUAACAUUUCAAGUAAGUUAUUUACAAGUUGGUUUCUGCAAUUAUAUAUAAACAUGUUUAUGUGCUUUAUAUUUAUUUCAUGUCUCUGUUGCUGUUUCCAGCUCAUUGAAGGUGUGGAGGUAUGUGUGAUAUGUGGGCCUAAACCAACACUGCAGGAUGCUGAAACCAAGGUACAGUAUAAAGCUCACUUUAAACUAAACAGUGUUCUGUCGGUGUCUUCAUAUUAUUUCAUUCACCUAAUUUAAAUGAGAUGCUAGGUUUAACUGACAAAAGGUUCAGUAUGGUGACCAUUCUUAAGGGUUUACACAAAUUAACUACUUUCAUUAUGUAAAAAUCCUUGCUUCAGUUAUGAUAUCCCAAAAUGGCAUAUUAUGCCCCUUUGGAUUAGGCAUAGAGGGUGCAUUGUAACUUUAAGCAUCACAUUUUAAGACAUGAAAUGCUGCAAUAGAGUUGAGUUUAUGUAACAAAUAUCUAAGGAAAGUUGUAAGAAUAGGAAACCUUUUGACUACUAAUUUUGGCUUUGUGUGUACUUCCAAUAAAGAAAUUACAAGGUAGACUAGGUCAAAGUAUUGCAUCAAUGGAGUGGUCAUUAUGUGUGUUCCUAAACAUCCCUUAUGCUAGAAUGUGUUUGUAGUUGUAAUGGUAUUUUUCAUUUAUAGUUCCUGGACCAGUAUUGGAGACUUGCUAUUGAUACACUGAAAACCAGUCGCAGAUCUCAUCCAAGAAAUCUCCCUGGUGAUAUGGUACUCGAUAGUGGAAUCCUAGGGUAUCUUACUAGCAACUGUACACGACUAUAAUUAUGUCUAUUAAUGCUACUACAUCAUGAUCAUAAUUUCUUCAUGAAAAUACAAAGGGAAAUACAAGAGAGUCCCAUUACUUUGUAGGAAUUGGCAACAACAAUGAAGGUCAUUACCCAUCAAAUGUUUUUGCUCACAUGAGAUUGGUCCAUGUACAUAGCACUUAACUGAAUAUUCUCCAGUUAAGGGAGAAUCACUUGGAGAAUAUAACCAGAUGUUCCCCAGUCUCUGAACCUUGUGUCCAAUAGUACAUGAAAAUAUCUUCUUUAACUUCAAUACUUAGAAUGAAAGAGCAUUUUGCUGUUUCUACAGAAAAGCAAUAAUGCAUGUUUGUUUUUAGUCUUACCAGAAGAUAAAAUCUACGCUUGUUUCAAGUCAAAACAGAGGCUGCUGUCUAGAUAAGAUAUAUCUAGGAUGGAAUUAAAGUCACAUGUCCACAAACCCAAGGAUUUUCCCUAGUUGAAGAGAUUAGGAAAUUUAUGAGUUUUACAGUCUGCAGUUCAAGAUAAUGGCACUUCUUUGUUUUUACCUUUUGAAACUUAAAAUAUUUCUUUGAAGUGACUCUUGUCUUGUGCAUCUGUUCAAGGUUUGUGCUGGUGAACACAGAUGAGCACAAGAGUCUGUCUAGUGUUCAUCCAUCAGGGGUGCUAACUGGUGUGGAUCAGGGAAGUACCUCAGGUAAGGAAGGGCACAUGAACCACUCAUAGGUGGCUCAUGAUCAGGAGCUGUUCAUGAGCAUUAUAAACAACAUGAAUUUGGCUUGUCAACAUUAAUUAACACAUUUAGCUAAUCCCACAUGGGUAAGUAGAAUAAGAUCCUACCCAUGUGAGACAAUUGCAACUUUUUUAUUCUGUUAUUUCAAAAUUUAAGUUCCUAUUAUUUGAACCAAAAAAUGGAGUUAGUUUAGCAUCUGAAUGAUUAGAUAAAAAUGAUGUUUUGUUUUCAAAUAUUUUAUAAACCUACAUGUUGAGGUAAGUCAGUUAAAGUACAAUUACUAUACAAUUAUUUUUUAAUUACCUUAUGACUUUUGUUGUCAAAAGGAAGUGGAAUGUCUACAGCUAAAAGAAAGUCAAUUCUCGUGUCAUUUUACAUGUCAGUUGUUGGUACUCUAUUUCCUGUCCAGGAGCCAAAUACCUCUGAACAAGGUAAAGUGUGAGUGGAUGUUGAUAAAAAGGUCUUUUAUUAUUUUUCAUUAUGUUGGUACGAAGUAAGUACAUGCAGAUAUAAGUUACACAACCCUUGAUAAAAUGCAAAUUUCAGCGAUUUUAGCCCCCUUAAGUGGUAUAGUUGUAUCUUAAAGGAGAAAUAUUCCCCAGAAACCAUGAAAUUUUUUUUUUAUCUCCUUUAAAAUAAUACAAAAAAAUUGAGAAACUGAUCUGAAUCAUAGCUUGAAAUGCAAAAAGUUGAACAACAAGUGCCACCAAUCUGAAUCUUGAGUAGCUUCCAUAAUCAGGUUUGUUACAAAUUUUUUUCUAUUUCUGCACAAGGAUUUAAGAAAAAACUUACUUUAAAAAGAAUCAAAUUAAAUUGUUUGUUGAGUGUUGCAUGACCACUCAGACACUGUCACCUUUGGAAGGGUAAAGAAGCAGUUGCAGAUUUGAAUGGGUUAGAGAUAGUACUAAGUACUUGUUAUGGAAGUUGAGAGCCAGUUGAAAGAAGGGGGAUCUAUUAAAUGUAUGUUAAAGACAAAUUUGUCUGUAACUCUUUUAGAUCAUUAUCAACUGCCUGUUUAACAUGGUGCAGUUUAUUUACAUAGAUUCCCCCAGUGGUGUGUAUCACCAAGCCAUGGAGACUUACAUAUGUGCUAGUGAUCAUAAGUGUUAUGCAAUCCGUACAGCAACACAUGAACUGUUCUUAUUGUUUUCAAAUGAAGUACCAACCUAUGCUCUCGGGUAAGUGAAAAUUGUGGCUGAAAAUAUACAUACUAUACAUGUUUCUUUAGUGAGCUGAGUUUUAGAACCCUUUUGGUUUGUUAAUUUGUUGGUGGAAGAUUUGCAAUUCGGAAGAAUUGGGGUAUUAAACUAUAGGUUGUGCAAAAGCAGUUUAUAUAAUUUAAGGGUUUAAGAGGGUUACCUAUUUACAGCAUAGGAAAAAAAAACAUGUGGUGAAUUUGAAAUUCAGGUGAAAUUCAAAAGUAGUUAUAGUUGUUACUCUGGUUCCCAACUAACCAAAGAGCCACAUGACAUGUUUUGAUCAAUCUGAAUCCAGAAUUGUGACACUCCCCCAAACUUGAAAUUUUUGAGGUCACACAGGGUGAAAACGAUGUCACGUAAGAGGAUGAAAAUGAUGUCAUAAUGUCACAUGGAUGGAUAUUUUUUAAAAUUUUAUUUUAGGGGGAAGUUUGGCCAUACCCAAGAAAUGAUUGACAACACAAUAAAGUCUGUAAUCAGAACAAACAUGUUUUUUUUAUUGUAA